AUGUUAUCAACUCGGGCCGCCACAACAUUGGCGCAACUGGACAUCCCCUGGCGAUUUACCCCAGCCGCCAGGGAUCUGUUCGAUGCCGAAUCCAAUCCCGGAGGUAUCAUCUCUCUCGCAAAGGCUGAGAACCCCUUGAUCAGCUUUGGCGGACCCCGCCUCGCUGCUGCUCUCGCAACACACGUCAACGAGACAUUCAACCCAUUCUCCCCAGUCUUGCCCUCGGAUAUACAGAUUGUCAAUGGUGCUACUUCUCUCCAUUCCGUCCUCGCCUUUUCCCUAGCCGAGCAGGGCGAUGCCAUCCUUGCUCCGCGCCCUGUGUAUGGUCGUUUCGAACUAGACCUGGGCAACGCCAUGGGCGUCAAAGUGGCUUAUGCCGACUGCGCCUCUGCAGAAGCGCUUGAACCUUCUGUCGUUGUUCUUUGUGAAGAGGCCUUGCAGAAGGCCAAGGUUGGCGGUAUCAAUGUGAAGGCGGUGCUAGUUGUGAAUCCAAGUAACCCCCUGGGUCGUUGCUACCCCCGCGAGACGUUGGUGGGAUUGCUCGAGUUCUGUCAGAGGCACCGGCUCCAUCUCAUCAGUGAUGAGGUAUACGGUCUCUCAGUCUUUGGCCCCGGAACGGGCUCAAGCCGUGGCUUGCACCCCUUCACAUCGGUGCUGUCUAUCAACCUUACGAAUCUCAUCGACCCGAACCUGGUUCACGUCGAGUACGGCACGAGCAAGGACUUUGCAGCCGCGGGACUGCGUCUGGGGGCGCUCAUCACCAAGAAUCGCGAGCUGCAGCGCUCCGUCCAGGCUGUCGGCCGGUUUCACGAACCUUCGGGCAUGUCCGUCGCCAUCGGCACGGCUAUGUUCGAGGACCGAGAGUGGUGUCGCGCCUUCAUACUGAAUGCACGAGCACGCAUCGGCGACGCAUACAAGUUUGUCACGGGCAGGUUGAGUGAGAUUGGAAUAUCGUAUCUCGAGGCCAAUGCUGGGUACUUUGUCCUGAUCGACCUGGCGCCCUGGCUGCCACCUGAAGGCAAAGUAUAUGAUACUACGCAGCAGAGAGAGUUUGCGCUGGCUGAGAAACUGGUUGAAGGUGGGGUUUUCUUGCAUCCGGGGGAGGAGCAUGCUCUUGAGGCUGGGAAGUUUCGUCUCGUUUACACGCAACAGCGGCCGGUCAUCACCGAAGGCUUGAAGAGGUAUUUUGAUAUUGUUUCGGCGUGUUUCUACGGUCACGACUGA